AGCAUCUUCAUCUUCCUCUCUUCGAUUUCCAAAAAUUAAAUCACAAUUGAUCGGAAACCUAAAAGUAUCUUCCUCUUGCUCCGCGACGAUGCACAACCGUCGCCAGAUCCUCGUUAAAUCCCCUUACCAUCAACAGUCCGUGGCUCUUCAAUUGGAUCCUACGCAAUCCGUAUUAACUCUUUCAAAUCUCACUUCCUUGCUCGAACCCACGCAUCGUAGAUCAUCGCUAUCUGAUUUCUCCGUCUCUCUCGAUGGAAAGCCUCUGAACGCCUCCACACGGAUCCAAGUAUCCAACCUCCCUCCCGUCUCCAUGCUCGCUCUCCACCCUCGUCUCCUCGGAGGCGGAGGAGACGGCGGCGCGACGGGAGCAGAGUCGCGCGAUUGCUACCUCAAGAUGUACGCGGAGAAGAAGCCUGACAAGGUCGACCCCAACGAGCAGAGGCUAUCAAAGUGGCUGAACUGCGCCUUGUCUAACGAGCCUUUGGCUGAGCCCUGCGUGGUUGAUCUCCUCGGGAACUUGUUUAACAAAGAAGCUUUGGUGAACGCGUUGUUGACUAAGAAGUUGCCUAAGCAGUUCUCUUACAUCAAGGGUCUGAAGGAUAUGGUGAAUAUCAAGCUCACGCAUGUGGCUGGGGGUGAUGGUUUGUCGGGAGAUACGACCAGCGCUCAGUUUCAGUGUCCGGUCUCGGGGCUUGAGUUUAAUGGGAAGUACAAGUUUUUCGCUUUGAGGGGGUGUGGGCAUGUGAUGAGCGCCAAGGCGUUGAAGGAAGUGAAGUCUUCGUCGUGUUUGGUGUGUCACGCGGAUGUUAAGGAUUGUGAUAAGAUUGUGAUAAACGGUACGGAGGAGGAGGUGAGCUUGUUGAGGGAGAAGAUGGAGGAGGAGAAGGCGAAGGUGAGAGAGAAGAAAGGUGGCUCGAAGAAGAGCAAGAAAGGCGUUGCUGUGGUGGCUGAUGCAAGUGUGAAGGUGGCGAAGAGACAGAUGGAUGAUGUGAAUGUGAAUGGUAAUGGCGUUAGUGUGAAGAAGUUCAAGGCAGGGGAUGCAGUGCCGGUUAAUGCUACAAAGGAAGUCUAUGCUUCUCUCUUUACUUCCUCCAAGAAGAAGUCUGAUUUCAGGGAGACUUACUCUUGCAGGUCACUGCCUCUGGGAAGGAACUGAUUUGUUUGAACACUUGUUGUCUGUUUCCUUCUUUGCAUUGUGAUUUUGUAAUUUCAAUAUUGGAUGAUAUCACGUUUUUACUCACUCUUCUGUCGCAGUUGGCAUAACUAUGUUUGCAUUCCACUGUAAUAAAACUUGGAGAUAAUUGUUGUAUCAUCAGCUGGAA